AUGGCAGGGAAGGUGACUUUAAUCAAUUCGGUGCUCAAUGCUUUACCAAUAUAUUUGCUUUCCUUUUUCAAGAUCCCUCAAAAGGUAGCUCAUAGAUUGGUAACACUGCAAAGAAAUUUUCUGUGGGGGGGAGACAAGGAUUACAAGAAAAUCCCCUGGGUAAAAUGGGAAACUAUAUGUUUACCUAAGGAGGAAGGUGGUUUGGGGAUUAAAGAAAUAUCUAAAUUUAAUGAAGCUUUGUUGGGUAAAUGGAUAUGGGAUUUAGCUUCUGACCAGCAACAGUUAUGGGCUAGGAUCAUUAAAUCUAAAUAUGGUGGUUGGGAAGAGCUUCAGUCGAGCAGAGAUAGAAGGGGCUGCUCACACUGGUGGAGGGACUUGAGGAAGAUUUAUCAUAACUCUGGUCAGAGCCUCUUUCAACAAAACUUGGUUUGGAAGCCUGAUGGGGGGGAUAGAAUUCAUUUCUGGACAGAUAGAUGGUUAGGGGAAGACUGCACCCUAAAGCAGAAAUAUAAUUCUCUGUUUUUGAUCAGCAGGCAACAACACAGCAUCAUAUCACAGAUGGGGAAUUUUUCUGAAGAUGGUUGGAGAUGGGAUCUCAAUUGGAGGAGGAAUCUUUUUGACCACGAAAGUGUUUUGGCGGUGAAUUUUAUGGAAGAUAUUACUUCUAUUUCUAUUCAGAGAAAUGUGAAGGAUACUAUGGUGUGGAAAGCUGAAUCUACAGGAGUAUAUUCCACCAGAUCAGCUUAUAGAAUGAUGUUGAAUGUCAAUGCCUCAGCCUCAGAUGUCAGAAUUUUCAAACUAAUAUGGAAGAUGAACAUCCCCCAAGGGCAGCAACCUUCACUUGGAGGCUCCUCAAGGACAGAUUACCUACUAAGGGUAACCUUCUAA